GUCAAAAACUUCGCGCGUCUGAAACUCCGAACAUGUUACAAUAAUAUUAUAUUGUAAUAUCUACGUCGAACCUUAGAAUUCCGUCCGGCGGAACUGCUCGGUUCGGACCCGGUUUGCGUGUACCGUGUAGCRAAUCUGGCGGCGUCGCGAGAAUCGGGCACUUCCGGUCACCUGUCGUGGAAUUUUCGAAGGACCGGCAACACGGUUACCUACGUUCGACAGACGUUUGCAAGCACCUGUUCAACACACGGUUCCUUGGUCGUCUGUCCCUCGGACAUAGAGACAUGUCGGCCCAGUGCACAAAGACGGCGUGGCUGUCGUCGAAACUCAAACAAUUCGCGUUGGACGAGGAGAUCUAUUUAAAUUACAUCGAAAGUGUGUUGGACGGCGAAGAAGAUCGAUGUGAAAAGAUCAGCGCACUGGAGGCGAUUCUCGGAGAAGUGUUGAGCGAGAACGAAGUGAAAUCCCAAUGUAUGGAAAUAAUAGACAUGUAUGACACUCAAGAUGACAGUGAUGCUAAUGAAAUCAAAACACCCAUAGAAGACACCGAAGAAACUUURGUUAAAAUGCUAGAAACAAACAUAAGGACCGUUGUGACAGUUCCAAAUAAAGCUAAUAAACUAAAUUCAGACGAGGAAGAUUCUGAUUUAGUUAAAAUUAGAAAAAAUAUUUUAAGUCAAUAUGCACAGGUAUGACWUGAUAAGAGUUUCUGA